AUGAAUGGGUUUGGAAGAAGUUGGACACUGAGGAAGGUGGUCAUGCACCAUCAAAAGAAAUCAAUCAACAAAGUGUUGGAAGAAGCCAUGAUCAAGCAGGGAUCUGCAGAAAUGAUUGAGUUUUAUCAGAAGGUUGUCAACACUGUCAUGAAGUCCCUUACUGCUGAGGAGAUUCAGGAGGCUGAGGCAUUGGCCACAGAAUGGAAUGAGAAACAGCCACCUUGGGAUGUUCAGUCAAAAAAGGCCAUAAAUAUGCUGAGAAAUUUCGCUAAGGAAAUGUGGAAGUGGAGUGGGGCCAGGGUGGUAGUGAUGGUGGCAUGGGAAGAUGCCAAUGGAGAGGUGAUAGUUGGCAUACAUGAUUUCAAUGAUGAAUUGGGUAAUGGCAAAUUAUUUGAGGAGUUGGACAAGUGCUGGGGUAAAUUCAUAAACUUCAAGAAGUGGAGAGAUGCUGGAGGGUCCCUCCAAAUGCCAGUGGCAGAGACCAACAGCAGUGGAGUGAGGAUGGGUGCAAAGCAGGAUUUGGAUGGGACCCCAGACCACUCAGCAGGUGAAAGGAUGAUGGAUAGAAUGAUGCAGGGAACAAGCAUGGUGGAUGAAGAUGCCACAGAGGCAGUAUUACUGCCAGAUUCCCAGCAGCAGAUUGCCAGAUGCCAAGUGGCUGAUGGUAACACCUGCCAGCCAAUUGCCAUUGGCAAGGAACCACCAAAUGCCUGGCAGCAGGUUGUGGGUGGCAACACAAGCCCUGUGCAACCUAUGCCAGAAGGCCACCACACUGAUUUGCCUGAUUCUCUCCAGCUGGCAGAUCCUUCAGCAGUGCCAAUGACUAUCAAGAGAGCCCAUAAACAGGAAAAUUCAAAGCACAAGUUGCCCAUUCCAUCAAUGAGUCAUACCCAUGCACCAGACCAGCAUAGACAAUGUGAGGGCUAUGUGGCAAUCAAAAUGGGUGUGGAAGACACCAAAGUGGCCUGA